CUCUCUUUGAUUGUUGAAGCUAAUGGUCAUAUCAUUGUAUUGUUUACUUCAGAUGCUGUUGGUGUAAACCAACUUUGUCACAGAUUAAUCUUAGGGAAGUUGGCUUUUGUACAAUUCAAAGUAGUUUCUCUCUCUCUCUCUCUCUCUCUCUCUCUCUCUCUCUCUCUCUCUCUCUCUGCUCUAAUGGGUUCAAGAUCGAAGUAUCAGGCUUUUAUCUAAUUUACCUUGACGUUCUACAACUACAGAAGAUGAUCUCCUUGUCAGAUCCAAGUCCUCCAUUGAUGACCCGGAAAGAGCUCUCUUUUUGAGUUGGGCAAGCAAACACUCGUUCUUUUCCUCUCUUCACCGAUUGCAGCUGGACAGACAUCACAUGUUGUCAGAACGCCAUCUCUCUCUGUCUCUUUCCUAAAAGAGAAUCUUCAAAAGUCUGAAUCUUUCCGGUGAAGAAAUCUCCUGACUCCAUUUUGUCAGCUCUCUUGACCUUUCUGACAACUUCGUCGUCGAUCAGCCAAUUCCACUUUCGUUUGUCCUCAGUGUCUAACGUUGGAUUGCAGCCGACAAAACUAAAGACUGGAGAGUUCAGUCGCUGUCUGCGGAAAAGGAUCAAAACAAAACAAAAGUGUUAAGGCUCGAGGGGGAUCAUGUUCUUUGCCUGGUUGGUUGGGUAUCGUUGCUCGUUGGAGAUAAAAUCUGUCAUUAAAUCAUAUGCAGAAGACUCUCUCUCUAUCUCUCUCUAUUUUCGUCGACAAUGGAGAGAUACGUCGAGAAGCUUCUGUACAGGGUUUCAAUGGCGUUCAUAAUCAUAGGAACAUCGAUAAUGGUGGUUUUGAUCCUUCAGACACCGAAGACAUGCGUCCCUCCAAAUGCUCCAUUGAAGCCCCACACCCAUUUCCCCAGAUCCACCUGCGAUUCAUCUCCGCGCCAACAUCUCCCUCUCCCCAAGAAGAACUCUCGUCUCUGGUCCUCUAGGGCUUGGCAAUCGCGUCUCUCCUCCUUCUCCUCCUUCUUCCUCCAUUUUCACCACCUGGGUCUCCUCCAUAACCACUCCAAAGCCCUCUGCGUCUCCGCCGGCGCCGGACACGCCGCCAUGGCUUUGACCCACCUCGGUCUCUCUGACGUCACCGCCGUCGAAUUGGUUGAUUCGCCUCCUCUCGUCAACAGAGCCGAUCCUCACAACCUCCCUUUCUUCGACGAUGUCUUCGACUUCGCCUUCACCGCCCACCUCGACGAGGCUCUGUUUCCGCGGAGAUUCGCGGCGGAGAUGGAGCGGACGGUGCGGCGUGGCGGGCUUUGCGUGGUUGCGGUGGAUGAGUGCGGUGGCGAAGAUGUUAGGGACAUUGCCGGGUUAUUCUCCAAUUCCAAGCUUGUCAAUGUCGUUAAUGUGACCUUGGAAGGAUCAAGAAGAACAAGUGUCUUGUUUCAAAUUCAAGGCUCUGCGUCAUAAGGUCUUUGUCUUAUUCAUUGUCUCUUUGGAUUGCUUCGAUUCAAAGUUCCUUUUUUUAUUGACAUUGUCUGAAUCAUGGGCAUAUUGUUGAGAAUUUGACCAUGUAGUGUACUUCUUGUCUUUUGUGUUGCUAAGUCAAACCUUUGAAUUGCAGAGUACUCCAUGUCUUUUGCUACGAAUUUGACUGUGUUUAUUCAGGAACUCGAGUUACAAUAGAGACACUGCGUUCAACUCCUUGCUUUCUUCUGAAUGCUACAGUGAUGUCUAUGACUACAAUGUUAUUGCAGAGUACUCCAUGUCUUCGACUUCGCUUUCGGGUUUUAACGUGAAUACCAUCUCUUGGAUCUGGGUUCAGGUGAAAGGAUCCUGGAUUCUUAAGACAAGACCGUGGAUAAAAAAAGAGGAGGAGAAAGGAAAAACAGAUGGUGGUUUCGUGUUCAUCCUUGAUAUACAUACUGCCCAUAAACUUUUAGCUGUAUACAUUGCCUUGGCAGCUAAUGAGAUGGUGAUUUGUGUGAGUUCAGUUCUUUCAAAGAAUGAAAGCUUACGGCUUUUCGUGA